AUGGAACAACUCGAGGACGAGCCGCUACGAAGUUACUUCGAUAGAUUCAAGAGCACGCUGCUCGACCUCGAUGAGAUCCCCGGAGCACCCCAGAUCUCGGAGGCAGUACUCAUCCAGGCCCUCGGAAACAGGCUCUGGUACCGAUCCAGAUUUCAGGAAGACUUCUACCUCCGCCCCUUCCCGACCUUGAAGGACGCCUUCCUUCGCGCCGAACAAUAUGUCGUCUUCCCGCCACCUAGGGGAUCCACUCCCAAUGCACCACGAUGUCGUCACAAAUCCUCACCUCGCCGAGACGACGUCUAUAUUAACGACGACGACACCGAAAGAAACAUGGAAGAUCAUACGCUGGCCGAUCGCCACGGCUCUCCGCAGUGUGCAUUCUCAGAUCAAGAGAUAUUCAAAAUCAUCGCUGACAUCCGAAGGACUCCCAUGACGAGUCGCCUCUCUGAAGUACCGCUGAAGAAGCGCAUUUCAUUGCACCUAAGCUUCUACGACGGCCGGGACGAUCCCAAGCAAUAG